AUUUUUGAAAACAGCAUCAGUCCAAGAUAUCCACGAUGAUUUCUGCAGCUUUUUCGUUUCUUCUUCUUCUGGCACCAGCCUUUGGAGGAUAUGUAUUCCCUGACGACUUUCAACUCUGCAGGAGAGAUGACAAGAAUUUGGAUGGAUGUGUUCUUAGCGCUCUUCGAGAUGCUUUACCAAAGCUAGCAAAGGAAGGUAUUUCUUCGCCAAUCUCUCUCCGUACGGAACCCGUUUAUUCCAAGUACUGUGAGUACCAUAUCAGGAACGUUGAUCUUCUUUACGACGAAUACUUCUUCAACUUGUCACACAUAGGUCUCAUCAAUUCUACCGUAGUCAGUGCAAACGCUGAUCCGGUGAAUUUGGCACUGAAUUUCACAACCUUCAGCCCCUUUAUGAUGCAAAUAGCUCCCUACAUUGCUAACGGAAGUCUUCUAUAUAAUGGAACCCGUGAUCGCAAUCCAAUUUGGGGAUAUGGUAUUUCCACAAAAAAAUUAUAUAACGUGACCAUAGUCCAUCAGUUGAAAUCAAACCAAGUGGUGAAGAAUGGAGAAACUUAUCUGGAAAUAACGUCUUACGAUACUUCUAUACAAAUGGAUUUGAUCACUUUGGAUUAUGGCAAUCUCUACAACGGAACGAAUCCUGAACUGGCAAAAGACACAAAGGAUUAUUUGAAUGAAAUUGCAAUGUAUCUCGUAUCUGAUAUAGGCGGAAAAAUUGAAAUAUUUUUUGGAGAUAUGUUCAAGACAUACGCAAAUCUGAUUUUCGGCAGUGUUCCUCUUAACAAAAUCGUUCCUGAUUUCCAGUAAACGCAGUGAAUUGAUGAUGAAGAUAUGCCUUUGAAACAAACAUACAAUGUACUCCACUGUAACCGUCGCCCUGAUUUUUGUAGUAUUCAAAGGUCAUUCUUUCAAUGAAUAUUUUCAAUUAUGUAUUCAAUAAACAUCAAGCGAAU